AAACUUCACACACCUAGACCACAAGCAUCAAAGGCAAGCAAGCAGUAGUAACCACAAAUCCAACAUGAAGACCUUCCUCAUCUUUGCUCUCCUUGCCAUGGCGAUGAACACCGCCACUGCCGCUAGGCAGCUAAACCCUAGCAACAAAGAGUUACAAUCACCUCAACAAUCAUUUUCCCAUCAACAACAACCAUUUCCACAGCAGCCAUAUCCACAACAACCAUAUCCAUCACAGCAACCAUAUCCAUCACAACAACCAUUUCCCACACCCCAACAACAAUUUCCCCAGCAAUCACAACAAUCAUUUCCCCAGCCCCAACAACCGACCCCCUUAAAACCACAACAACCAUCCCCCCAGCAACCCAAACAACCCCAACAACCUUUUCCACAGCCCCAACAACCAUUUUCCUGGCAACCACAACAACCAUUUCCCCAGACCCAACAAUCAUUCCCUCUGCAACCACAACAGCCAUUCCCCCAGCAACCCCAACAACCAUUUCCCCAGCCCCAACUACCAUUCCCCCAGCAACCAGAACAAAUAAUUCCCCAGCAACCAGAACAAAUAAUUCCCCGACAACCCCAACAACCAUUCCCCCUGCAACCCCAACAAGCAUUCCCCCAGCAACCCCAACAACCAUUUCCCCAGCCCCAACAACCAAUCCCCGUGCAACCACAACAACCAUUCCCCCAGCAAUCCCAACAAUCACAACAACCUUUUCCCCGACCCCAACAAUUAUUUCCUGAACUCCAACAACCAAUUCCCCAGCAACCACAACAACCAUUCCCCCUGCAAGCGCAACAACCAUUCCCCCAGCAACCACAACAACCAUUCCCCCAACAACCACAACAACCAUUCCCCCUGCAACCGCAACAACCAUUCCCCCAACAACCACAACAAACAUUCCCUCAACAACCACAACAACCUUUCCCUCUACAACCACAACAACCAUUCCCCCUACGACCGCAACAACCAUUUUCCCAUCAACCCCAACAAUCACAACAAUCAUUUCCCCAGCCCCAACCCCAACAACCACAACAACCAUCCAUCCUGUAACCACAACAACCACAACAAUCACAACAACCAUUUCUGCAGCCCCAACAACAAUUAUCCCAGCAACUAGAACACACAAUUUCCCAGCAACCCCAACAACCAUUCCCCCAGCAACCACACCAACCUCAACAACCAUAUCCACAACAACAACCAUCUGUGAGUAGUCUUACAAGCAUCGGUGGCCAAUGAAAUGAAGACCUGUAAUACAAGACGGAUGGAUCAUCGUUGUUUAGUCAAUGAGUGUUCAAUGUAACGAUGACAAAUAAAGUGAUGUGCACCAUAAUGUGUAACCCCGACCUAUACUAGUUCAAACAUGGGAAUAAAAGACAAAGAAAGUUCUUGUCACAAA